AUGGCUUAUGAUGAUGAGGUUGCAGUUGAUAACUCAGAUCCAACAUCAUGCGAAUGUGAUAUUUGUGGCAAGGUUUUCAGCAGUGGCAAAGCGUUGUGUGGCCAUAGAAACAGAUCUCACACUCAAGCUUCCAAGAAGCAUCAAAAGAGGGUAAUAACUCGUCUCUUUAAUGACUCAAAAUCGAGUGAUAUGCAUAAAAGGGUUAAUCAUGCUUAUGAUGUUGACCCUUUGGUGUGUGGUGGGAAACCCACUUGUUAUCUUUGCAAGAGGGACUUCCUUUCUAAGAAUGCUUUGUUUGGGCACAUGAGAUCUCACCCUAAGCGGCAAUGGAAGGGUGUGUGUCCUCCUAUUCACUCUCACAGACACUCUUCUUCAACUUUUUCUGAUUCACCAUCUCAUUAUUAUGGUUCUAUGAAAGAUACUAUAGAGCAAGAUGAUGGCAGUGAUGAUGAUGAUGACGACGACGAUGACGACGACGACGAUGAUUGUGUUAGUGAGGAUGAGGAUCACAUUGAUGUCACUGAUCUUUUAAAGUUAACUUCUCCAAGUUGGUUAAAGACAGAUAAGAGAGGCAGAAGUAGCAUUGGUGCUUAUGCGGCUGCCGAAACUCUCGUACUCAUUUGUUCUCAUGCUAGGUCCUUGUGCGGUGAGUCUAGUAGUAGACUUAGCCUCAAGGAGGCUAGUGUGAAGCCAAACAGUACUUCUCAUGUUCCAACCCCAAGUAAGAAAAGGAAGAUUGGUGAAUCAUCACUUAAUGAGAGACUUAUGGUAAAGAAGAUAAAAGUCUAUCAUGGACAAGUUUUGAAUAAGGAUAAUGGGGAGGAGGAGGCAAGGAAGAGUGAGAAAUUGGUAUUGAAAUCAAAGGAUAAAGGUUCAAUGUAUGAAAAUGAAAGUCGAGAAAAACUGGGUGGGUAUAAGUGUCACACUUGUGGUAAAUCCUUUACUACUUUUCAAGGCUUAGGAGGACACAGAUCAAUACACAGAGGGAAGAACAUUGUAGGAGCAUAUGCUACAACGGAUGAAGAGAACGAUUCUUACUAUUCAGAUUGUGCGCCUAAGAUGGAUGUGGCAUUACUGAGUGAAGAAACUUCAGAAGAUGAUGCAAGUCAAUAA